AACAUAAUUUUAAAGAAUUUCGCUCAUUGUUCAAUAUAUUACUCAACAUACGAGAAAAAAAAUCAAUCGAUUUGAAUGGAAACAAUUUUUGUACUUGGUAAUACUUAAUUACGCAGCGACGAAAAACUUAAACUUAAACUUGUCAAAUUGGUAAAUAAACAAAUCGUUCAAUUUUGUUUACUGACGGAUACUGAAUUGAACAAUGUUGUGAAAUUCAGAAAAAAUGUCGUCAACAGAAGAAUCAAGUGCUGUUGAUCCAGAGAAUUGCUUCAAAAUUCUUCUGGCAUCUGAUAUUCAUCUGGGAUAUAAAGAAAAUGACGAAUUUGUCGGUAACGACAGUUUCAAUACAUUCCAUGAAAUUUUGCGUUAUGCCCAGGCAGAAAGAGUCGAUUUUAUAUUGCUUGGUGGAAAUUUAUUCCACACAACAGAUCCAUCGAAAGAGACGUUACACAAAUGCAUGGAACUAUUGAAAGAAUAUGCUUUGGGUGAUGCACCAAUUGGUUUUGAGGCACUCAGUGAACACGAAUUGAAUUUUGAUAAUCCCAAUAUAAAUGUGUCCAUUCCAAUUUUUUCCAUUCAUGGGAAACUUGACGAUCCAAGUGGUUAUUGUGGAUUGAGCUCAAUGGAUGUGCUACAAACUUCGGGACUAUUAAAUUAUUUUGGAAAAAAUGUGAGUGUAGAAGAGGUGAAUAUUCAUCCGAUAUUAUUGAGAAAAGGAACGACACAAGUGGCUUUAUACGGCCUCGGCCACAUUGAUGACUUCCGACUGGAGAGUUUGAUUCACAACAUGAAGUUGAUAUUGCAUGAGCCUGAUGAAACAUCUGGGAAUUGGUUCAAUAUAAUAGUGUUAAAUCAAAAUCGUAUCGAUCGAGGUCGCAAAAAUUUUAUACCACAACAAAGUCUACCCAGCUCCUUGGAUUUUGUCCUUUGGGGCGGUGAGUCGGAAUGCAGAAUUCAACCAGAACCCAUCAAUAUAGACAUGCAUGAGAGGUUCUACGUGUCACAGCCGGGUUCUACGGUUGUAACAUCAAUGUCAGAAGGCGAAUCCGUUGAGAAGCAAAUUGCUAUACUUUAUGUGAGUGAAAAUAAAUUCAUGUGUCAACCAGUUAAAUUGGAAACGGUGCGACCGUUUGUCUAUAAGAGUAUCAAUUUGCAAGACUAUGGUGACGAAUUGGAUUGGAAUGUGGGUGAGGCUAAAACAAAGAUUGACGAAUUAUUAGAUAGAAACAUCAACGAAUUGAUUAAGCAAGCUAAAGGUAAACAAACCAAUAAUGCAACACAACCUAAGCUACCCUUGAUUCAUCUACGAGUUUCAUAUCAAAACGAAGAUAAUGCCAUCAACAAAAUUCGUUUUGGCCAACGAUAUAUUCAACGGGUGGCAAAUCCAUUUGAAAUGAUAUCAAUGAAUCGUUAUUGGAGUCGAGUGAAAAGAGAAAGAGGGUCUAUUGAUGAAGAUGCCAUGAACAAUGCAUUCAACCAGAAUGCAAGUGACGAAGAAAAUGAUUAUCGUUUGCAAGACACUCUUGACCGGUAUUUCAAUGAUCCAAGCAAUUUUGGACGACUCAAAGUCUUAUUUCCAAACGCCCUGUCGGACAUGUGCCGCCAACUGGGGAAGAAGAAGAGCGAUGAAGAUGCUGUCGAAAGAACUAUGACCGCAACAAUCAAUAGAGCCAUGGAUUUUUUGUGUGAAAAGAUGCCGGAGGCUGAUGAAGCUGAUAUCAUCGAAGCGCUAAGUGAAUACCAUCAACAAUCAACCGGUGAUCAAUUAUUCAGAGAGAUACAGGAACAGCUGGCCAGUCGACAUUUGAAUUUGAGCGAAAGUGAUGAAAAUCAGUCGAAUGACGACGAAAAUCCACCCAAUGCAAGAGACAAACAAAAGGCUGUACGUGGAACAUCAGGAAGAGGUAGAGGCAGAGGAAGGGGAAGAGCACAAGCCACAGCAAAAGAACCAGUAAAGGGACAAUCAAAAGGCAGAGGUAGAGGCAGGGGAAGAGGUGCAACUCGUGGAAACCAUUGUGCAUCACCUGAGCCAUCCACAAGCAACGGCUUCAAUGCUUCGACCAAACAAAGUAAACAAUCAUCAGCCAACCUAUCGAAUCCGCGCAAAAGUACGCGUUCAAAGAAACAAAUUGUUUAUGACGAAGAAGAUUCGGAUUAAAUACCUCAAAAAUAGUCAGACGCAAAUUGCAAUUUUGAUAUUUUAUUCUUAUAUAUAUUUGAUCUAGAUUUUUAUAUUUUAUUUAUACAAAUUGCCAUUGUAAUAAAAAUCAUUUAUUUUCGAUAUAUUUCAAAUAAAUAAAA